GUAUCCGCCAUUUUAAUUCCAAAAAUUUAGAUUUGACAGCAAUUUUAAUCAUAGUGGAGCAAUAAAUUCAUUUUGUUUUUAAGCAUUCAAUUGAAUUUAAAUUGUGUUAAUUUAGAAAAAUGUCGGAACAUUCAGAUGAGGUCAGCCAAGUUACAAAAGAUGGUGAGAUCGAUGGACCAAGGAUAAAUAAUUUUGCCCAAAAAUUUUUGGAUGAAUUAAAUGAGGAACGUGAUAGACUGAGCAAUGAGUUUCCAUUGUGUGCGUUGCUUAUAGAGGAAGCUAUUGAAAGAGUGUGCACUACAGGCCGAAUUCCUGGCAGAGAAUAUUAUGCUGAUGUUUACAAACAAAAGCCUAUCAAAUUGGUUCAAAAAGUAUUUGUCCCAAUUAAACAAUACCCAAAGUUCAACUUUACUGGAAAAAUAUUAGGCCCUAAAGGCAAUUCACUUCGUCGUUUGCAAGAAGAGACUCAGUGUCGCAUUGUCAUCAAGGGACGGAAUUCCAUACGCGAUCGAGCUAAGGAAGAAGAAAUGCGUAAUUCGGGCGAUCCACGACACUCUCAUUUAAACAAAGAUUUAUUUGUUGAGAUAAGCACCGUCGCAACACCCGCAGAAGCUUACGCUCGUGUGGCAUACGCUCUUGCUGAAAUACGAAAAUAUCUAGUUCCUGACAAAAAUGACGACGUUGCGCAAGAACAACUUCGUGAACUUAUGGAAAUCGAUCCCAAAACCGCAAAGCAGUUUUCUAAAUCAAUAUAUGAAAACAAAAUAGUAUCAAGUGGUCCAUCCAAGUAUUUGAAUUUUGUAAAACAAUAUGCAUAUCAGAUUGAUCCAUCUAAAGAGGAGGAAUCAGAAGAGGAGUAUUAUGAAACUCGUAUUCCUAAACGUACAAUCGUUCCGGCUUACGAAUAUACCCGAGCAAAAAUUGUGCCAACAACUUUGCCAUAUAAACGUCCACCAACUGCCUCUAUAUACGGAACUCAAAUGAAACGUUUCCGCGAAGCUCCAGUUAGACCAGCAAUAAGACCCGUUGCACAUGGAGUAUUAAAGAGAUAUAAAUAAAUAACAGUAUAACAAGUUUUCAUUGAAUUAAAUAUACAGCAUAAUUAAUAACAUUUAACUUAUCAUAUGUCAUCAAAAAGUAUCGUAAUAAUAUAUAAAAUAAAUUUUUUUAAAUAUAUGACAAAACUGUAAGUAAGAAUAGAUUAGAUCUGGUUGCUAUUGAUGCUCCAUAUUUCAAAUCUGUAAAACAUAUAUAUAUAUAAUAUAAAAAAAUACAUAUUUACGCAUAUUCAAAGUGCACAGAGAUUAUUGUUCAAUUGUAAAACAAUAAUAAAUAAAUUAAAUAUUGUCCAAUAAAAUAAAACGUGAAUUCAUUUACCAAAAUGGUUAAAAGCAUUUAAACACAAACCAAUAACUUAAAGCAAUUGUUAACUUCUCCCUUUCAUAAAACUGAACUAUAAAAAGCAGAGAGCCAAUAUGAGCUAUAUGGUUGUAUACGAAACUUUUAUAAACUAUACAAAAUUAAAAAUUCUAGUUAAAGCUUUGAUUGAUCUAUUAAGUAAUAUGGUAACAUAAAACACUUUACCUUAUAAAAAGACAAAAAUAUAUUUUUAUAUAACAAAAAAUGUUUUGUUUUUAACGACGGAGUAUUAUUACAAUAAACAUACCAUUUGAAUGCUUUUUUCCUCACGUACCUAUGAAUAUUAUAACAUAUUAACAUAUUUUUAAAUAAAAGAUUUUGCCAGUAUUAUUUUUUGCAAAUAAAUAAUAAAAAUUAUAUAA